GACAUGACAUCGGGAGUUGUCAGCUACGAUUAAGUAAGAUGCUGUUGCGUCUUAAUGUCAAAGUGAAAUUCUUUCGAAGCAGGCUGACUUAGAAUUACGAUCGUAAUAUAAAGUAUGAAAAGGUUUCCGACUUCCACCAGGUCGAAAAUAAUUGACUGUCAAUAGACUGCGACAAUAAUUAAACUAAAAUAUCUGUAAGGAUUCCUCUCUCUUCAUAAUCCAUCAACGCUGAUAACUCAGUAUUUAUUAGCCUUGUACAAUCGAACUCGUACCGAAAUGUACAGAAUCUCAGCGAGCCGAACUGCACUGCACAGCAAAAGCGUUGUGGUACUAAUUGUGCUGUACUUCUCAGUCUAUGUGACUGACUGCCUUUACAUCACAGCCGAGACUGGAGCAAAAGCAGUUUUACCAUGCGCCUGUAUAAACAGUUCUUUCUUAAUAACCUGGCAGAGGAAAGAGACCAUAGUGUACCAUGAAAACAUGGCCGAAAUCGCAUCGCAGUACUACAACAGAACCCAACUGCAAGGGAGCAGCUGCUCUCUCAUCCUGAGCCCGGUUCAUGCAUCGGAUGAGGGGGCAUAUACAUGUUUCUACGAGUCUUCUACUUUCUUCUAUGAGCAUGUAACUCUGUUGGUUACAGCCAACUUCAGUACAGCCUGUACAAGCAGCUCUGGCAUGUACCACUGUGAAGCCAGACAGGGGCAUCCUGAGGCGAAGAUUGUAUGGAGAUUAAAUGACCAGCCUCUGUCACUGUCUCCACUUGUGUCUCAGAGCAAAUUAGACCAACUUACUGGCCUCUAUGACAUCACAAGCUCAGUUAACAUAACAGUAAAUGGAACAGUGACAUGUGAGGUGAUAAACUCCAGACUUGCAAGGAUAAUUACAGAGUGUGUCAAUGGCAUUGGCCCCGGUUUGCAGAUGGCUCUUCGUGCAUCCUGGGAUGUCUUGCUUACUUCUCUGGCAUGCACUGCACUGUUGGUUCUUUUCAUCAUGGUGGCAGUCUGGGUUGUCAAAUGCCUGGAGGGAACACAGGUGAGCCCCAGGGCAUUUUGUGUAGCCUGGGUGCAUUUGCACAAUAGAAGAUAACCUUCUGUUAUUUCACACUGAAUAAGCAAUAGUGCCACAACCUUCUGCGGAUCCUUGUGCCAGUUUAAUCUGAAAGUAUUAAACUGAUCUGUUUGAUCAUGUCCUCAUUUUGAAAGGGAUGGAAAAGCAUCUUGAGCAUUAGACACUAUGAGAACAAUGCCUUAAAAAGCAAGGUCGCUAUGUCUGAUUUAUUUAUUUAUUUUUUAAACACAAACACCAAACUGGCAAGUCUUAAGAGCAAUAACAGAUAUGUAUUUUGUAUAGAGUUGAACAGUGAGAAGAGUGACCAUGGAAUAAAUAUGGAUUUAGAACUGACAAAGUCUGAUAACAGAGAUUCACCUGAGUUCACUUCGGAUUCAGGAGUUAUCCUGAGAUGUCCUCAGCAGAACCUAGAGGAACUGGCAUGAACCUUCCUUUAUAUAUUGAGUUGUUCCUGGAUAUUUUUCUCUAUAUUCUUCCAAGAAAGUUGAGAGACCCUAUUGGGUAUCCCAUACAAACUUACAAACACAUAUAUUUCACAACCUUUCUUUCCCAUUAUGGCCUGACCAAGUGCAGGUUUUAACAAAGAAUGUGUUUUGUUUUAUUUUUUCCCUUUCAUACAGUGUGCUUUUCCAGGAGCACACCUAAAUUUGAUUCCUUCAGAUCUGUAAUCUCACAUUUUCCUCAAAUGUACAUUUAUUUUCCUUGUCACUUUUUGCUCUGGAAUAUUGGACCUUAGAAGCACAAGUAUGUUUGUCCUUACUGGUCAAUCCAAAACUGGUGCUCCUUAAAGUUUUUGACAUGAGAGAACUUUCACUUGUCAGAAGUACUGUGUAAAGCAUCUAAGGAGAAAAUGUGUUAAGCAUGUUUUUCAUUUUUAUUUCACUCCCCCUUUCUAUCAUCUAUUAUGUAACAUUCAGGUAGUAUUUUCUAUGGUGUGGUUCUGUUGUUUAUUACAUGUGUAUUACAGUUACAUUACGAUAUCUAAGCAAGUGUAAACUGUAAUUAAUUGGCUUGUGUUAUGCUAAUAAAUCCUGUGCAACACUGAACUCACAUGAAACUCAGCUACCCAUGGAACAUUACUUAAACUACUACUCACUUACAUGGUUUUCUCUUCUGCCAUGAACUAUUUAAAUAGUAACCUUAGA